CUUGCACCUCCACACACCCUCGGGCAGCCAGGAGGACGUCCAGACACAAGGACAGACAGAAGCCAUGAAGUACACCACAGCUAGAAUAAUGGCAGUCAGCAGAUAGCUGGGAACACGACACUGCAGAUAUCACAACUAACAACCUGACAGACUGCACAGACAUCUCCUUGCCAAGAGGUUGAAUGUAGGUCUUGAGGAUGCAAUGGAAUUUCCACGAUUCACCUUCAAUCCAAAAGAGGGGAUCGACAAUCCAGCCUUAUGCAUCUCGGACGACCCUGAGCCAGACCUGAGUCCGGUACCCCGCCUGUGCCAGAUAAAGUGCAAAGAGGGCCAGAGUUUGGGCUUCAAUCUGCGUAUGGAGAGGAGCUGCCGGGGCUAUGUUGUCCGCCAGGUGGAUCCGUGGAGUCCUGCAGAGCUCAGUGGACUCAAGGACGGGGACCGUGUGCUGGAGGUCAACGAGGACUUUGUCGACAACAUGGAGUUCCCCAGGGUGGUGCAGAGGAUCCAGGCGUGUGGGCUGCAGCUGUUCCUGCUGGUUCUGUCGGGGGAGGAGUAUAAGGAGGCGCUGGCCCAGGGACUGGACCUCCAGGCUCUGACCAGGGCUUACCGAGGGGAGUCGUGUUCCCGGCCCAGGCUGUGCCACAUCACCAGAGACCCUGUCUUAGGACUGGGGAUCAGCAUCAUCCCCAUUGAAGGUCAGAAGGGCCGAUACAUGUUGAGCACAGUAAGUGAGGGUCCUGCAGAGAGGGCAGGGGUGCGUAGUGGAGAUAGACUGGUGUGGAUAAACGGGGCCAGAGUAUCAACGCUCACCCAUUCAGCUAUCAGUAAAAUGGUGAAGAAAUGUAGCGUCUAUGUGACCGUCCUAGUCAUCGACAGAGAAAGUGAAGCGAGCUACAUCCGGCGGAAACUUCCCAUCUUGCCUAUCAUGGCCGGCUCUCACAACCUGCCACACAGACCCACAACGAUGCAUCUGGUGCAGGGGACAGAUGGAUACGGCUUCCUAUUACGACAAGAGAGGUUGUCAUCAGGGGGUCGUAUUGCUCACCUACUCCGUGAGGUGGAUGUGGGGAGUCCAGCAGAAGAGGCUGGUAUGCAGGAUGGAGACUUGCUGCUGGCGGUCAAUGGGCAGCCUUCAGAGUCCAUGGAGCAUGAGGAUAUCGUCAGGAAAGUGAGGAAGAGUGGCAAGCGGGUUAGCCUCACCACCAUAUCCAUACACGGAAGAGACUUCUACACACAGUUGGGUCUAUCUCCCCUGCUAUUCCAUGAGGACAGUCUGCUAGAAGCAGAGGGGAUGAGGAAGACAGAGUCCCCUUGCGCUGAGAUUCAGGAUGGGCUGAGGAAAAACGAGCAUGGCUCACUUCCCUGUCCAAGACUCUGUGUCCUCCAGAGAGAAGAAUCAGGCUUUGGGUUUAAUCUGGGCUGUGUUCAACAUGAGCCAGGAACUUUCAUAGGCCAGGUGGUGGUAAAGGGCUCAGGACAUAGGGCUGGACUGUGGGAAGGGGAUGUAGUUGUGGAGGUGAAUGGCCAGAAUGUGGAGAAUGAGUACUUUGAGGACGUUGUGAUGCUGAUAAAGAAGAGCGAGACAUCUUUGAAAUUACUGGUUGUGGAGAGGUCAGGGUAUGAGAGACUCAAACAAAGUGGGCUUCCAAUCACUCCUGGGGUCAUACUCCACAGCACUCAGGUUUUAGAGAAAACGAAUGAUGCUUUCCUGUGAUGGAAUGCUGAGAAGUAACCAAAGUCACACUGCAAAACAAUGCAGAAUGAAAUCAAUGAAGCCGUUCCCUCUACUUCUGAAUGCAACCUGAAAGAGAAGUGCUGAAAUAGAUGCCUGGCCUUGGCUACAUCCCAAAUGGCAUCCUAUUCGUUAUAUAGUGCUAUGGGUCCUGGUCAAAAGUAGUGCACUAUGUAGGAAAAGGGUGCCAUUGGGGGCACAACCAUGAUGAGUCUGCUUCCAUCUGAAACAUGUCAGAGGAUUUAAUCCCUUCUCUCCACAUCUCCCAAUCUCACGUCCUCUUUGUCAGGACUAUGUCGAUAGAGCUAUGCUAUGACCUGCUUCUUGCAAAGGAGGAUUUUCAGAGUAGAUUGCACAGUUUAAAUUAUUGAUAUCUCGUGUGUGUGAGAAAGGGAUAAUGAAGUUUAGGUUUAUUCUAAGGUGAAAUCAAGAUAAACUAAAUAAGAUGGGGAAAACAUCAGUGGGGCUCAGUUGAGAAUCUAUGAUCAUUAUUGUAUGCGAUGAUUCAAGGAGGUGCACAAAGUUUAAAGAUAUAUCAUUAAGUACUUGACAAGCCAUACAAUUGCAUAAAACUAGCUCAAUGUACAGUAUAUACAUGACAAGUAUGUGGACACCCUUUCAGUUGACUCGGCUAUUUCAGCCACACCCGUUGCUGACAGGUGUAUAAAAUCGAGCACACAGCCAUGCAAUCUCCAUAUCUAGGGGAUACCUAGUCAAUUGUACAUGGAUAGGUGGCAGUAGAAUGGCGCAUACUGAAGAGCUCAGUGACUUUCAAUGUGGCCCCGUCAUAGGAUGCCACCUUUCCAUGUGCAAUCCCCUUUUUCCCCAACAAGUCACUUCGUAAAAUUUCUGCUCAGCAAUGUUACAAUAUCUAGUGAAAAGCCUUCCCAGAAGAGUGGAGGCAGUUAUAGGGGGGACCAACUCCAUAUUAAUGCCCAUGAUUUUGGAAUGAGAUGUUUGACGAGCAGGUGUCCACAUACUUUUGGUCAUGUUGCGAUUAUAAGAUUUGAACAUGAUGAAGAGAAACAUUCAUGAAAACAUUUUACUUUGAACAACUACACCAUCUAGUGACCGUUUAAAACUAAUGAUGGAAAUGGGCCUUUUUUGUAGCGUUCAGUGUUUUUUUGUUUUGUUUCGUUGAACAUACUGUACAUAUUGCACUGUAUACAAUUUCUGCUAUUAUAGUGGCCCUUAAUCUGUGGAAAAGUUACAUAAAACUUGUAUUCAAUGCAGAGAGCUGGCCAUGCUCCUUAAGUGAGUUGCUGAUGAACAUGAAUGCAAAAUGAAGGUAAGUUGUAGUGUAGUAAAGACACAAAAUAAUGACACAUGGAAACAGAAAUAAUGUCAACGCUAGUUUUUAUUUGAUGCUACUUUGAAAGACCAUCCAGAGGGAAGUAACUAAAAUAAAACUGAAACUAAUUUAAGCCAAUGUUGGAGAAAUUGACAAAUAAAACUUCCCUGAUCGUAUUUAAGACAAUCGAGCAAGCUCCUGGAAAUACACAAAUCAUU